AUGACUGCACAUACGAUAGAAACGGCUAGUCGUAAUCUUCAUGUUUUAAAUAAAUAUGAAAAAGGUAAUAAUUCUAUUCCUGUAUUUGUACGUCUUAUUUUUCUUCGAAUAGGUCAAAUUGAUACGAGAGCAGAAAAAUUUCAAGCUCAUGUAGCUAUUGAAGCUCGUUGGUUUCUAAAUUCUGAUAAUGAUGAAAAUAAAAUUCUUUCUACACUUUCAAUGGAUGAUCAAUUUCGAUUGAAUAAUGGAGAAAUUAUUAAACUUUCAAAGAAUUUUCCUGAAAAUAAUUGGUAUCCACAAUUAUUUUUACUUAAUAUUGGUCAAGAUUGUAAAGAAGAAAUAAAAUAUACAAUAAAAAAAUCUAAUUCAAAAAUACAAAUACGUGAAUUUCAUGAUGUUAAUGCAAGUUUUUAUUCCAAAUUUGAUUUACAUCAUUUUCCAACUGAUAUACAAGAAUUAAGUAUAUCAAUUGGAUCAGCUUUAUUUGAUUCUGAAGUUACAUUAGACACUGAUUCAAAUCGACCAUCAGGUAUUAAUCGUGAAGCAUUUUUUGAUCAACAAGAGUGGCAACUAUAUGAUCAUGUUCAAACACGAACUAAAUUUAUUAAAGGAUUUCUAUUUCAAAAUGACGAAGAUUAUUCAUUAGAUAAACCUGGGCAUAGACGUAAACGUUCAAUUUUAACUAUUGCGUGUCAUGCAGCUCGUCGUGCUGAUUAUUUCUUUUGGAAUGGUUAUUUUCUUGUAUUUUUAAUUACAACAGUAUGUUUUAGUUCAUUUGCUAUUCCACCUAAUGGUGUUCAAUUUCGAAUUGCUAUAGCAUGUACACUUCUUCUUACAUCAAUUGCAUUUCGAUUGACAAUUAGCAAUGCUUUGCCAAAUAUUUCCUAUUUGACAUUAAUCGAUUUAUAUGCAAUUGUAUCUAUUUUUGUUUUAAUUAUUUUAUGUAUUUGGCAUUCGAUUAUUGGUACACUUGUUUUUAUUUAUGAUGAAUAUAUUAAUUUAAAAUCAGAUUCUUAUUGGGCUCGGAUUGAUAGAAGAAUAUUUUAUGUUCUUGUUAGCCUUUAUAUUAUUGUGCAUGUCGCUAUGGGUAUUUGGUAUUACUAUGUACCAAUUUCUCGAAAAAGGCAAAUGAAAGAAUUGGACAAACAUUAUCGUCGAAUAAUAAAUGAAAGUGUUGACAAAAAUAGAUUAGCAAUAGGGUCAAGUUCGAAUGGUACAACCAAACGGGAAUUAAUCGUAUAA